CGGGGGUAGGUUGCAUAUACGUAGAACAUCCUCGCAACAGUACGAUAAAGUAUGCGAAGUUCCAAUACAAGCACUCGAUAGACUUGGACAUUGAAGCAAAUACAUAAAAAAAAAGCCACAAUGGGGCGCGAAGACCAAAUAGAAGAGAGGGAAGUCCUCGAAUCAAUUUUUCCCGAUGAAAUCACAGACAUAACCGAAACCGAGUUCCGCAUAUCAAUAACCCUUGACAUCCCCGAAGAUGACACCGAGUCCGAACCGCCCGUGAUGCUCCUGACAGUCCAGUACCCAGAGGCGUACCCAGACGUAGCUCCGAGGCUCGACCUCGCCGCGCCGCAAAACAGCACCUCAUCGCAUCCCUACUUCAACGUAUCAGACGACAAGGAGACGCUGCUUGCGGGAGUCGAGGAGACCAUCAACGAAAACCUGGGCAUGGCCAUGGUGUUCACGGUGGUGUCGGCGCUCAAGGAGGCGGCGGAGCAGCUGGUCGUCGACCGUCGCGAGGCCAAGGCCCGCGAGCAGGAGGAGGCGGCGCUGGCGGCCGAGCGUGAGGAGAACAAAAAGUUCCACGGCGAGCCCGUCAACCCCGAGUCGUUCAUGCGCUGGAGGGCAGGGUUCCUGAAGGAGAUGGAGGAGCAGAGGCUGCGCGAGGAGGAGGAGAGGCUGGCCGAGCUCAAGAAGCAAAAGGUCAAGGAGCCUGUCAAGCUGACGGGGAAGCAGCUGUGGCAGCAGGGCUUGGUCGGCAAGGUUGUCGAGGAUGACGACGACGACGAUGCGCCUGUGGCUGAGGUGGAGAAGCUCAAGGUCGCUGCAUGAUGGGGUGUGGGGAAGACUGUUUCUAGUAGGAAUUGCAUGUGGAAAAGGCGUUUUAUGGGUUGGGCCCGAUAUGAUUUCAGCUGUGUCCUUUUUUUAUGUUGUCAGAACACUCAUGACGCUCAAAUCUGGUAGCCAUCGCAAGCAUUUGUUUGGCCCCUAUGUCUCUAUUAUGGGCUGCUGAUAACACAACGACGGUCGAAUGGUCAGCCUUUUUUUUAAACGUCCCUCAACUCCAACGCGAAUCGAUUUUGGCAUUUCCAUGGCAAAGUCCAGUAUGGGCAAGAACUUUGAAGAGCCUAAUGUGAACUGUCC